AUGAGCCCUCACGCUUCCUCUGCGCCUAUCUGCAAUGGGCCUCCUCUGGAUGACAAGAACCGUACUUUCCUUGAGUGGAAGCCUCUGUUCAUCAGCCAAGCCAAUGGUCAUGAAUUUACCCCAUUCUACACGACCAAAAGUUAUGUGCCAACUGAUCUUGAUCGCUCUAUUUUGAGUAUCCUGGACGACGACGUCCAAGUGGAUAAGCUAAAGCAUCCUGAGCUUUAUGCUGUUGAUCCGGACCUGUUAGGCAACGACCAUGAUGCUCGACAAAAAGAAAUCGAAGCUCACAUACACUCAGUCAAGAGCGCUACUUUGAAGGCUGAAACGGCGAAAGCGUUGACACGUCUGCGCUCCCUGGCCCUCAUCUUCCUCAACUCCUCCAUGGUGGACUCCCUUCGGAACGAUCCUGCGGUACUAAACGCCCAGUCACAGAAGAUCAAGUAUCGCGAAGGUGACUGUCUCGACACUCUGUUUGCCGACGUUAAGUCCAUCGCCAGCCAAUACCGCUCGGCCAUGAUCCCCACCAUCCUGGAUAUCCCUGCGGUCGACCACGACGCCUUCCUGUGGACUAACCACUACAUGGUGAAACUGUCGGAGGUGUUUUCAGACGACAAGCAAAUUUGGGACCUAAUUCGAGCUAUUUCGAGCAAUGCAAAGGCCUCUGGACAACCCUGUUCCGUUGCUUCCAUCGACGCCGCCAUCAAGGACGCACUGGCGACACGUCAUUUGCGGUCGCUGGCUCUUGGCGAACACGGUUCCGCCGAUUCGGCAUCGACGCGGUCACAUCUGAUUAAUGCCGCUGUUGGUGAGCCUGUACAUCCUAGCCUUGGGCUGGUUACACGUCGGUCGCUGCCAUCGUACGCCCACGUCAAGUGCCAUGACCAUAUUGGACCCGCAUGCUUCUACUGCGGUGACUCGGAGCAUGCUGCUGAGCUCUGUAAAUGUCACGCGGAGCCUCCUUCUGUUGGAGCGUCAAUCUUCUUCCAGCCGUCGCGGUACAAGUUUGAAUUUCAAAUCAUACUGCUCGACAUGAAUUUAUUAGUUCUCGGAGGAUAUUGA